UAUUGAAGAAGUGUGUAUGAGCGAUGUUGUUAACAGCGAAACCCCUGGCACAACCAUGGUUCUCAGAAGCAGCUCCGAAAUGGAGGUUAAGGUUAUCCACAGCAACAAUCAACAACAACAUGAACAUGAGGAUUACCCUCUCUGACUCUCACUCUCACUCUCAGACACACACUCCUCCGUUGGUGCCAAAGAAGAGGAUGAGGUAUCGGAAACUGUACCCUGGAGAGAGCACAGGAAUCACUGAAGAGAUGAGGUUCGUUGCCAUGAGACUCCGCAACCCCAACGUUCCCACCACUUCCCAAGACGAACCAGAUUCCGACACGUGGCAACCCUCCAUGGAAGGGUUCCUUAGGUACUUGGUUGACAGCAACCUCGUUUUCCACACAAUCGAACGCAUCGUCGACCAAUACGACGACGUUUCUUAUACGUACUUUAGGAAAACUGGGUUGGAAAGAUCAGAAGGGCUUUCAAAGGAUCUUAAAUGGUUUGAGGAACAAGGAGUUGUGAUUCCCAAUCCAAGCUCUCCGGGUCUUACUUAUGCCAAAUAUUUGGAGGAACUUGCGAAGGGAAGUGGACCCUUGUUUCUCUCCCAUUUCUACAAUAUAUAUUUUUCUCAUGUAGCUGCUGGUCAGGUCAUAGUAAAGCAGGUUUCUAAAAAGCUCCUGGAAAGUAAGGAGCUGGAGUUUUACAGAUGGGAAGGAGAUGUACAAGAAUUGCUGAAAGAUUUUCGUGCGAAUCUUAACAUGCUUGCAGAGCAUUGGUCUCGAGAUGAAAAAAAUAAAUGUUUAAAAGAAACUACGAAGUCAUUCCGGUUUUUGGGACAGAUUGUUCGUCUGAUCAUCUUGUAAAGAGACUUUUGGUUCUCUUUUAACAGGAUUGCCUUUGUCGAUGUAUUUUACUUCUUGCAGUGCGUUGCAAGUACAAAUUGUCUGGUUGCACAAUUGGACCAUUGAUUAAGCCCAAGAAGUGGUCUUGGUAUGUAGCUAUUUCUGAUAUUGGGUUGUUGGAGGGCGUUAACUGUAGCUUGGCAAACUCAACAAAUAUUACUGUUGUCACGUCUUACACUGAUUUCAAUGUCUUUUUUGGCUGCUGACAUCUGUUAUGGAUUUUUGCACAAUCCUUACUGAUAAGGAUUUUAACUAUUCAUCCAAGGGAAAAAUACUCAAAUUUUUCGUUAGACAUUUAGCUUAGCGGGAACUACUUCAGGCUCAUGAUAUAUAGUUAUCACCGUGAUGCUUCAGUAUUACUGAAGAUUUUGUUCAUAUUGUGGCCAUUAUUUCGCGCUAGCACUCUCU